CCUUUCACCAGUUCAUCAUGUGCUGCUUGUGAUAGAUAAAUCACUGAAAUUGUGUAAUCCAUUUUUAGUUUCUUUCAAUUGCUUAACUUAUUAAUAUUGCAAUUAAAAAUGCGUUAUUAUUUAUCUUACUUAUUCUCGCUAGCAGUGUCUUUGUUUGUGAUCUUUGUAGCGCUGUAUUACCUAUUCACGGGAAAAGGAACUGAAAUUAGUUUGGGAUGGUUUCUUGAAAGUACUUCACCCUAUAUGUGGGCGUCGUUGGGUAUAGGAUUUUCGGUUUCCUUAUCCGUUGUUGGAGCAGCAGUGGGGAUUUACACAACAGGUGUUAGUAUACUGGGGGGUGGUGUAAAAGCUCCACGUAUAAAGACCAAAAAUUUAAUUUCCAUUAUCUUUUGCGAAGCGGUUGCGAUUUAUGGCUUAAUUAUGGCUAUUGUUUUAUCGGGAAUUAUUACAGACUAUUCGUCUAGUAAAUUCGAAUUUAAUGACGAUUUACGGGCCAAGAAUUACAUGGGUGGAUACGUUAUUUUUGGGGCUGGAUUAUCUGUCGGAUUGGUUAAUCUGUUUUGUGGCUUAGCUGUUGGUAUUGUUGGGUCCGGGGCAGCAUUAGCUGAUGCCGCAAAUGCCGCUCUUUUCGUUAAAGUGUUAAUUAUCGAAAUUUUUGGAAGUGCCAUUGGACUGUUUGGAUUAAUUGUCGGAGUAUAUAUGAAUUCUCGGGCAAGUAUGGGAGAUAGCAUCUAAGCUGUGUAAGCCAACGUAAAAGAGCGUAGUGGGUGCCCUUAUGUGUAAUACUCGUGAACGUUAUUACAAUUUCCCUAAAAUUUGUUUUUAGAUGUGUAUAGUUUAUGUGUGUAAGUGUGCAAAUUAAAAAUUAUUUGAUGUUAAGUAUCUCACACAGAGUUAUUAUUAGUUUCCUAGCAUGAGCUAAAUUAAUCACAGUUAAAAAACUAAGAGUUUUUUGUCGACGAAUCGGCUAAUUCUCGUUUUAUUAAAAUUUUGGUAGUGUACAUUA